AACAGACUACAUUGGGGAAGCAAGAUUUCUUAUCCUAACCCGUAACAUCGAUAUACAUCCUUGACCCUCUCUCAUUUCGCACCACCUGUCCCGCCAAUGAUUCAUUUCACGGGAAAACAAAAUACCAUAGGGGUAACUUUAUCAUAAAUUAUUCCUUCCGACUCUCCGUUAUGGCGGGCAAGUAGCUCGUUUAUCAGAGAACCAAAAACCACAUAACACGCACACUCUCCAGAAACUCGUUUCAGCUUCUUCUUCUUCUAUAUAUAUAUAAUCGUUUCAGAGCCAUUGAAGCUUGAAUUUCUUCCAACUUCUUCUUUCUUCUCCAUCUCUUUCCCUCUUCGGCUAUCGUCCUCUCACCUGCGGAGAAAAAUGUUUUACUCGCACCAGCUUCUCGCUCGCAAAGCUUCUCUUGGCCAAAUCUGGAUGGCCGCCACGUUGCACGCGAAGAUCAAUAGGAGGAAGCUAGAUAAGCUCAACAUCAGCAAGAUCUGCGAGGAGAUUUUGAAUCCAGCAGUUCCUAUGGCUCUCAGACUCUCCGGAAUUCUCAUGGGGGGAGUAGUGAUUGUCUACCAAAGAAAGGUUAAGCUCUUUUACGAUGAUGUGAAUCGUCUUCUGGUUGAAAUAAACGAAGCAUGGAAGAUGAAAGCUGCUCCAGAUCCCACGGUCCUCCCCAAAGGAAAAUCUCAGGCCAAGAAAGAGUCCGUGACUCUGCCUGAUAACGAAGCGGCCGAUGCUGCGGACAUUGAGCAGUCGCUUAACUAUUCCAACUCCACCCGCAUGCCCAUGGGGCUCCAACAAACUGGAUAUUUUGCUAUGCGACUUGAUAGCGUGGAUGAAUCCUAUAUUAACGGGAAUGUUGAAGAUUCACUUCACCAACACCAUCAAGCUGAAGCUGACAAUAUAACAUUAUUCGAACACUUCGAUUCAUAUCAAGCUGAUGCAAAUAUGUACAAUCGCUUUGAAAGAUUUGAUAUUGAAGAGGAUGAUGGGACGCAGUUGAACUUCAAUUCAAGAGAGCAUACACAGAUCCCCGCCACUCUUGUACGGUCUCCACCUCCACCAGAUGAGCCUCAAACAGUUGUUAAUGAAAUGCAGUAUGAAAUUCCAGACUUCCAAGUCCAUAAGAGAGAAGACGAACUCGAAGAAGUUGGACAGAUGAACCAGGUUCAACAGAGGCAGGCGCCCAUAAGAAGGAAAAGAAGAGUACCUGCCUUUCUCAUGGAUGAACAAACUAUCAUCCCUGGUCCUGUGUACCAGUCUUGGCUUCGAGAUGUUUCGGAUAUUGCCUCAAGGUCAAGUGGAAGGAACAGAAAGCGUACCUGUAACGUGUCAACUAUGAAGAUAGCAAACCUCAUGGCAUUGCCACCUCAAGUUCUAAUGGAUAAUUUAUUUACAACUGGAAGCAGAGAAAUAUAUUAUCCAAGCCCUCUUCUGAAGCAGUGGAUGAAAAGUUCCCAACCUCCCCAUGACUCGCCCUCUGUAAGGACCUCCCCGCCCCUGCCCCCAGAACCAUCAUCAUUAUCACCACCUCAAAGAGAGAAUUAUCAAGAUCGACCGGAAUUUCCUUUUGAAGAUUUUCAAAGUGGAGUUGGUUCACAAUCUCAGGGAGUUCCAAUAGAAAGGCAAAUGCCAAAUCCUGACACGCCAAUUAACAAUCUCAUGGAUGAACUAAUAGCCAAUCUUACAAACAACGGAGCCAGGAUUACUGAAACAAACCUAAUGCAAACACCUGAAAAUUCUAAUCAUGAAGUAAGGUCGGUCCCAAGCUCAGCAUCCGGACAGGGAAUUCCUUCACAUAACUCAGAAAUGAAUUCAGGAAGAUCAAGCAAGAAAAGGCCUUAUUCUGCAUCAAGAAACAGCAGUGGGGGACUUGAGCCAGUAGCUGAGGAGUAUCCGUGGCAUCAUUCUGAUUCAAAAUUCAAGUUAUCAGGGCUACCUGAAAAUGACCUGACACCUGGGCAAGAACUAUUGGUAGAAACUGCACCUACCCAAACCCAACAGCCAUUCAUCAAUCACCCAGAUGACAAAAUAACCGAUUCGAUUCGAAUGCAAAUGAAGGCACAUUUUGAAACACCAGGAGCCCCUCAAGUCGAAUCGUUGAACAAUUUAGCUGCCGGACUGAACCGACAAGGAGCAGCUCUGCUUUUCUAUCAAACUUGUGUACUUGCUACUCGCGAUUCUCUGAGAGUGGAACAAAAAUACCCUUACGGAGACAUUCUCAUUUCUAGAGGAGCAAAACUGUGAAGCAAUGCGGUGAGAGGCGGAUCCAGCGUGGCAACUUUUCAAAUAUUUUAUCUUAGGAUUAUUAGUUUUUUACAAACUUUCUAGAUUUAUGGUAAUUUGUCCCCACAAUUUUGUUCAUUUUCUCUUGUUAUUUUAUUUUGGUCUGAAUUCUUCUCAACCAUUAACUCACAGUUAUAUAUUUUGUAAUCAAUUUCUUUUUUUUUG